AUGCAGGGCAUGGACAUGGACAUGGGAAGCGACAGCGAGUGUCAAAUCUCGGUAAGUGCCAAGACGGAACUCCCUAAAACGGCCAUGCUCAUCCAAAAUCAGAUGCUCUUCAACUUCAACACCAUCGACGCCUGUUUCCUGUCCACCGGGUGGCAGAUCAAAAACAAUGGCAUGUUCGCUGCCACCUGCAUCGGCACUGUGCUGCUGGUGGUGUUGGUGGAAUUCUGUCGGCGCAUCGGUCGGGAGUACGACAAUUUCCUGACCCGCCAAUUCCAACGCCAAGCCGCGCACGGCACCUUCGCCAAGAAAUGGGGCGAAACACGCUCCGCCGUGACGUUUCGCGCAACACCCCUCCAACAGUUGACGCGCGCCAUCAUUCAUGCGGUGACCUUUGCCGGCGCCUACAUCACGAUGUUGUUGGCCAUGUACUUCAACGUAUAUGUGAUUAUCUGCAUCUUCAUCGGUGCGGGGCUGGGCAAGUUCCUGUGCGAUUGGAUGGUCGUCACGGUGGGCAUCGAUGACGUGCCAGACCGAAAAUUGGAAGAGACCACGAUAUGUUGUGAUUAA